AUGGCGCGCCUUUCUAACAACGAAAUAUCAGCGUUCUUGAAUGAUAUUGCUGAGGAGAUAUCCGGUGCAGAGGAGAUGCCUGAUGCUGAUUUUGAGGAAGAAAGUAGCUCUGAAAAUGAUGAUAAUGUCUCAGUGCAAUCUGAAGAGCACGACGAGAUUUCCGUUAACGACGAAGAUGACAUACCCUUAACUCAGCUGGCGGGUAAUGUAUUGCGAGGUAAGAACGGAUACAUCUGGUCUUCGAUGCCACCUUCUUCCAGCAGAACGCCUCAGCGAAACAUUGUAAACAUUCAACCAAGACCAGAAAAAGAAGCCUUUAUGUUGUUGUUUUCAAAGUCUGGAGCUAGUGAUACUUUAUACUAA